CAUAAACACCCACACUCACAGUUCUCACUCACAGAUCUCUUAGAGAUGGCUCAGAUGGGUGUCUCUCAACCCCUCCAUGGCACCUUCCUAUGCAAGGUACACCACGAUCUAACCCAUGUUUUCGUGCAUCCAACCACGUUUCGCGAUCAAUCAAUAGCUUCAUGGACCUCUCUCGCUUCCAGUUCUCGUCGGAGAGGAGAAGCACCAUGCUUACUGCUGACUGCUACCACUUUACCAGUCGGUGGCGUCGGUGAUUGUUGGGCUAACUUAUCGGACCGUCCCCGAUUCGUCCGUGUUUCGCCCCGAAGGUCCCUCGAUUUCCCCCGCAAAAUCUUGCUUUUCGCACAACUGCUUUUGAUGACUCAGCAAGCACGGGCCAGCGCCUCGACCGAAGUUUUGCCGGCCGAGAACCCGUUCGCGUUCUCAGAGUGGGGCCGGCUCCAUUACGAAUGCAAACGGCAUCGGCGACGGAGGCCGGAAGGCGUCGCCCGCUCUACUUGGUUCACACCCACUGAGUCCCCUCAGCACGCGCCCCGCGCAUUCAUGAUGGGGGUGCAUUUUUUGGCGCCAGGUUCGCGUCCCUGAACCGGGGACGCGAACCAACUACGCCCAACCCUCGACCCUCGGUAUGCUGGCCUUGCUGGCCUGCCUCGCUCUUGCUAUCGUGGCCUCCUUCCCCCCCUCCCAAACCCCAGAACUCCCUUCUUUCCUCACCUUCUCGUCGUUCUUCCUACUCCUAAUGCACUUCUCAAUUCACCGUGACGGUACAACGACAGUUGCGCUUCACCGGGGCGGACCCGGCCAGGGUUAAAGCGCUCCUCUAGGCUUACAUAGUCAGUGCCAUCGAGGAGAAGGGUAAUGAGAAGCCCUUUAUUACUGCAGACACGAAGGCGGAGCACGAUAGAAUUUAGGAAGCCUGGACUAAGUAUAUCUUCUCC